AGAAGUCGUCAGUCAGAUCCCGGCAGCAGCUGCAGUGGCUCUCGUCUUUCCAGGCUCUUCUUGCUAUCUCCUUUAGCUUCCGGAAACAUGGCCUCUGGUGUGGCUGUCUCUGAUGGAGUCAUCAAAGUGUUCAAUGACAUGAAGGUACCUAAGUCCUCGACACCAGAGGAGGUGAAGCAGCACAAGAAGGCGGUGCUCCUCUGCCUGAGUGAAGACAAGAAGAACAUCAUUCUGGAAGAGGGCAAGGAGAUCCUGGUAGGUGAUGUGGGCCAGACAGUAGACGACCCCUACACCACCUUCGUCAAGAUGCUGCCGGACAAAGACUGCCGCUACGCCCUGUAUGAUGCGACCUAUGAGACCAAGGAGGGCAAGAAGGAGGACCUGGUGUUUAUCUUCUGGGCCCCUGAGUCUGCGCCUCUUAAGAGCAAAAUGAUCUAUGCCAGCUCCAAGGAUGCCAUCAAGAAGAAGCUUACGGGGAUCAAGCAUGAAUUACAAGCAAACUGCUACGAGGAGGUCAAGGACCGCUGCACUCUGGCAGAGAAGCUGGGGGGCAGUGCUGUCAUCUCCCUGGAGGGAAGCCUUUGUGAGCCCCCUCCAGCCCCCUGCCUGGAGCAUCUGGCAGCCCCAGACCUGCCUGUGGGGGGUUGCAGGCUGCCCCCCUUCUGCCAGACCGGAGGGGCUGGAGGGAUCCCAGCAGGGGGAGGGCAAUCCCUUUACCCAGUUGCCAAACAGCCCCCCACCCCCUGGACCUUCCUUCUCCCUCCACCCCUGACGGUUCUGGCCUUCCCAAACAGCUUCUGAUCUUCUGAUUCCUGUUGGGUUGAAACAGUCCAAGUCCUCCCUACCCCAGGCACCCCAGUUUUGGAGAGGGCCUGUAUUUUUUUUAAUGACAUCCCUACUUG